CUACUGUAUUGUAAAUAUACUGCAAAACAGCUUCUCUCCGAAGCCAUGGUGUAUAUACAUUUUGUGUAUUGUGUGAAUACUGUCGAAUUCUUCAAUUCGAUUAACUUAACUGAGACUUAAAAGAUAUCUCAUUUAUAUCUUUGACAGAAAAUCAAUUAAAGCUGUAUCCAAAAGUCAGAAUACUCCAAUUAGAGACGUACUAAACCUUAUCUUUAAAAAAGUCUAAUUUAACCUCUUCUCCGGAAACAACAUGCUCUCUCUGUGACACUUCAUAGUCGAUUAACAAAUUCUUCAUGUAUUCUAUAUGCAAAAAUACUCAUCCUGCGACGGGAGUCGAGCACGCGAUCACCUGUCACUUUUUCAACCGUAACGAAAAAUGUCUCGUGGUCGCCGGCGCGAAUGUCAUCCGGGUGUUUCGCCUGAUCCCGGACGUCGACAUAACGCGAAGGGAGAAGUAUACAGAAACCCGCCCACCUAAAAUGAAGCUGGAGUGCUUGGCACAGUAUACUUUGCAUGGGAAUAUUAUGUCCAUGCAGGCUGUUCAUCUCAUUGGAUCGCAGAGGGAUUCUCUGUUGCUUAGCUUUCGCGAUGCAAAAUUGUCUGUUGUCGAGUACGAUCAGGAUAUUCAUGAUCUGAGGACAGUAUCAUUGCAUUAUUUUGAAGAAGAAGAAAUAAAGGAUGGCUGGACGAAUCAUCAUCAUAUACCAAUAGUGAGGGUAGAUCCUGAAGGAAGAUGUGCAGUAAUGUUAAUAUAUGGCAGAAAACUGGUUGUACUACCAUUCCGUAAGGAUCCCAGUCUUGAUGAUGGUGACUUACUCGACAGUGCAAAAUUAACAUCUUCCAAUAAAACUCCCAUAUUAUCCUCAUAUAUGAUAGUAUUAAAAACACUAGAAGAAAAAAUGGACAAUGUAAUAGACCUGCAAUUUCUGUAUGGAUAUUACGAACCUACAUUGUUAAUUUUGUAUGAACCAGUAAGAACAUUUUCAGGACGUAUUGCUGUAAGACAGGACACUUGCGCAAUGGUUGCUAUAUCCUUAAACAUUCAGCAAAGGGUACAUCCUAUCAUUUGGUCUGUCUCUAAUUUACCAUUUGAUUGUUAUCAAGUUGUACCUGUGAAAAAACCUCUUGGUGGCACAUUAAUAAUGGCGGUUAAUUCGCUUAUUUAUUUAAAUCAAAGUAUACCACCAUAUGGAGUAUCGCUUAACAGUUUAGCAGAUACAAGUACCAAUUUUCCAUUAAAGCCACAAGAGGGAGUAAAAAUGAGCUUAGAAGGUGCACAAGUCGCAUUUAUAUCUGGGGAUCGUUUAGUUAUCUCUUUAAAGAGUGGAGAACUUUAUGUUUUGUCUCUCUUUGCCGACAGUAUGCGAUCUGUACGUGGAUUUCACUUUGAUAAAGCAGCAGCUAGUGUGUUAACAUCAUGUGUAUGUAUGUGUGAAGACAAUUAUCUGUUUCUUGGCUCUCGACUCGGUAAUUCGUUAUUAUUACGAUUUACCGAAAAGGAACCGGAAACUCUGAAGAAUCUGAAUGAUGGUGAGAUCACUAUUGACGAAAACGAAAGCGAGGAAACCCCGGCCAAGAAGGCGAAGCAAGACUUUCUCGGUGACUGGAUGGCAUCGGACGUGUUAGACAUUAAAGAUCCAGAAGAAUUGGAAGUGUAUGGAAGCGAAACUCACACGUCUAUCCAAAUAACAUCAUAUAUUUUUGAGGUGUGCGACAGUUUAUUAAACAUUGGACCAUGUGGAAAUAUUUCCAUGGGAGAACCAGCUUUCUUGUCGGAAGAAUUUCUACAUAAUCAGGAUCCCGAUGUCGAACUCGUAACGACAUCCGGAUAUGGCAAAAAUGGUGCGCUUUGUGUAUUGCAACGUUCCAUACGUCCUCAGGUUGUGACAACAUUUGAAUUGCCUGGCUGUGAAGAUAUGUGGACUGUUAUUGGCACAUUAAAUAAUGAUGAGCAAGUUAAGGCAGAAGCAGAGGGAUCUCAUGUUUUCUUAAUAUUGAGUCAAGAAGAUUCAACCAUGAUUCUGCAAACCGGUCAGGAAAUUAACGAAGUAGACCAGAGUGGGUUCAGCACUCAAGGAAGUACAGUAUUCGCCGGUAAUCUCGGUGCUAAUAGAUAUAUUGUGCAAGUUACUCAAAUGGGUGUGCGUCUUUUACAAGGCAUUGAACAAAUCCAGCAUAUGCCUAUAGAUCUUGGCUGUCCAAUUGUGCACGCAAGUUGUGCCGAUCCGUAUGUAACAUUACUCUCGGAAGAUGGACAAGUAGUAUUGUUGACACUUAGAGAAGUGAGGGGUACAGCGAGAUUGCAUGCUCAACCUGCCAAUUUAUUAUUUCGUCCCCAGAUAGAGGCAUUAUGCACUUAUAGAGAUGUAAGCGGGAUAUUUACGACGCAAUUGUCCGAGAGUGUGGACGACGAGCAAACCGAAGAGGAGCACAAUGUAGAGGAACCGUCUCUCCUCACCAAUAUUGAUAACGAAGACGACCUAUUAUAUGGCGAUGCUCCAGCAUUCCAAAUGCCUGCACCAUCAUAUCAAAAACCAUCGGAUGGAAUUACUAAGAAAGCGCCUUGGUGGCAGAGACAUUUGCAAGAAAUUAAGCCCACAUACUGGCUACUUGUGUAUAGAGAUAGUGGGACUUUGGAAAUUUACUCCCUACCGGAUUUACGACUCUCUUAUCUCAUUCGUAAUUUUGGCUAUGGUCAGUAUGUGUUGCACGACAGCAUGGAAUCUACGACAUUGCAAUCAACACCUGUCAAUGAAAUCCCUAAUCCUGAAAUGCAGGUUCGUGAGAUUCUAAUGGUCGCUUUGGGACAUCAUGGAAAUCGACCGAUGCUUUUGGUACGUCUCGAUUCGGAAUUGCAAAUUUAUCAAGCUUAUAGAUAUCCAAAGGGACAUCUAAAACUGAGGUUUAAAAAAUUGGAACAUGGAAUAAUCCCGGGACGCUUCAGCCCAAAACCCAAGGAAGAGGACAUGCCCAUGAAUAGUGACACUCGUAUUUGCAUGAUGCGUUAUUUUAGCAACAUUGCCGGAUACAAUGGUGUAUUUAUCUGCAGCGAUUAUCCGCAUUGGAUAUUCUUGACUGGACGCGGUGAAUUACGCACGCAUCCAAUGGGCAUCGAUGGCCCCAUCACGUCUUUCGCUGCUUUUAAUAAUGUUAAUUGCCCACAAGGUUUUCUAUAUUUUAAUAGAAAGGAAGAGCUACGGAUAUGCGUUUUGCCGACACACUUAUCAUACGACGCUCCUUGGCCAGUUAGAAAAGUGCCUUUACGAUGUACUCCACAUUUUGUUACCUAUCAUUUGGAAAGUAAAACCUAUUGUGUCAUAACAAGCAUAGCUGAACCGCUGAAAAGUUACUACAGAUUUAAUGGCGAAGAUAAGGAAUUUACCGAGGAAGAACGUCCAGAAAGAUUUCUUUACCCGUCUCAAGAACAAUUUUCCAUUGUAUUAUUUUCUCCAGUUUCAUGGGAGACGAUUCCUAAUACAAAAAUCGAACUGGAACAAUGGGAACAUGUCACUUGCUUAAAUGUAUCUCUGGCUUAUGAAGGAACGAGAUCUGGUUUGAAAGGUUACAUAGUAUUGGGAACAAACUAUAAUUAUGGCGAAGAUAUUACAAGUAGAGGACGUAUACUUAUAUUUGACAUAAUUGAAGUAGUACCUGAGCCUGGUCAACCAUUAACUAAAAAUAGAUUUAAACAGAUUUACGCGAAAGAACAAAAAGGACCUAUAACUGCUAUAACUCAAGUAUCAGGAUUUUUAGUCUCGGCAGUUGGUCAAAAAAUCUACAUUUGGCAGUUGAAAGACAACGAUCUCGUUGGAGUUGCUUUUAUUGAUACUCAAAUUUAUAUCCAUCAGAUGCUGAGUAUCAAAAGUCUUAUUCUGAUAGCUGACGUUUAUAAAUCAAUUAGUUUGCUAAGAUUUCAGGAGGAAUACAGGACACUCUCUCUUGUUAGUAGAGAUUUUAGACCUGCAGAAGUGUAUACUAUAGAAUAUUUAAUUGAUAACACAAAUUUAGGAUUUUUUGUGGCUGAUGGAGAGAGCAAUCUAGCUUUAUUUAUGUAUCAGCCAGAGUCGAGGGAAAGUUUAGGAGGCCAAAAGCUGAUUAGAAAGGCGGAUUUUCAUUUAGGACAGAAGGUGAAUACUUUCUUCCGUAUUAGAUCUAGACUCACCGAUCCUGCAAAUGAUAAAAAGCACUUUUCCGGUGCUGAGAAAAGACAUGUCACCAUGUAUGCAACGUUAGACGGCAGUCUUGGUUACAUACUGCCAGUACCAGAAACAUAUCGAAGACUGCUUAUGUUACAAAACGUGCUGGUGACACAUAUCUGUCACAUUGCAGGCUGCAGGCUUGAAUCAAAAUCAUAUCGCACGUAUAAAAGUUAUAUACGAAAUCAAGGUAAUCCAGCAAGAGGUAUUAUUGACGGCGAUUUGGUCUGGCGUUAUCUUCUCUUGCCAAACAACGAAAAAGCAGAUGUAGCUAAAAUUGGAACACGCGUUCAGGAGAUAAUCGAAGAUAUUACUGAAAUUGAUCGACAAACGGCGCAUUUCUAAUUAUAUAGCUUAUAUUGUAUUAGACUUAAUAAGCUUUUAUUAUAAUUUUAUAUCUUCUGAAAAAACAAUAAUGCAUAAUAAACUUUGCUUGUAUGUAUGUAUGUACAUCAUCGAAUGCAUACAAUAGUUUGUAUGCCUUGAAAUUAUUACAUACUUGCAAUUGUUUAAUUUAUAUAUUGCAUAAUGCAAUUGAACCUAAAUUUUUGAUACUACUAGAAUACAAAAAAAUAUAAGUAUAAUUUUUAUAUUUAUAUUUUAGGAAAAAAAAUGAUACUACUUUGUAAAUUUUUGCCGAAUCACGACGGACUGACAAAUUAGUAGUUUAUUUAUCACUUGUGCACAUUCAAAUAGAAAUAUUCACAGCAUUAUUGUGGUGAUAUAUCUUCUCAAAUGCAUCCAUCUUCCAGGAAAAGUAUCAUUGAAAGACGCCUUACUUUACGAAAAGAAAGUCAAUUAUGUAUGUAGCAGACAAAAAAUUUGUAAUUAAUGUGUACAGAAUAUAUGUUCUUUGUAGAAAACAA